AUGCCGGCGAUUUACAACUUCAAAAAGAUUACAGCCGUUCCAUCCGCUGCAGAUUUAAAGGAGAUUGUUCUUUCCAAAACACAAAGAAAAACACCGACCGUGAUUCGCCGUCACUUUGCAAUUAGCCGGAUCCGAUCAUUUUAUACACGGAAGAUUAAAUUUUUGCAGCAGGUUUUACACGAUAAAUUGACUCAGAUUAUUGAUGAAUUUCCAAAAAUGGAGGAGGUUCAUCCAUUUUAUGCCGAUCUUAUGAACAUUUUAUACGAUAAGGACCACUACAAGAUUGCUUUAGGACAAAUGAACAUGGCUCGUCAUUUGAUCGAUGGUAUUGCACGAGAAUAUGUUCGUCUAAUGAAAUAUGGCGACUCGUUAUAUCGUUGUAAAAUGUUAAAGCGUGCAGCACUUGGACGAAUGGUAAAGCUAUUAAAAAGGCAGAAAUCAAGUUUUGAUUAUUUGGAACAGGUGCGACAACAUCUUUCUCGUUUGCCAACAAUUGAUCCAAACACAAGGACAUUAAUAUUGUGUGGUUUUCCAAAUGUCGGUAAAUCGUCAUUGAUGAAUUUGUUAACACGUGCUGACGUUGAAGUACAGCCUUAUGCAUUUACCACUAAAGCUCUUUAUGUCGGACAUCUUGAUUAUAAAUAUCUUCGUUGGCAGGUUAUUGAUACACCUGGUAUUUUGGACCAAUCUUUGGAAGAACGUAAUACAAUUGAGAUGCAAGCAAUCACUGCACUUGCACAUUUGCGUGCUGCAAUUUUGUUCAUCAUGGAUAUAAGUGAAACAUGUGAUCAUACAAUUGAAGAACAGGUAGCAUUAUUUGAAAGUAUUCGUCCAUUAUUUGUGAAUAAACCAGUAUUGAUUGGAUUAAAUAAGGUGGAUAUUGUAAGGCGAGAUGAACUAAAGCAGGAGAAAAUGGAACAGCUGAAAAGAUUAGAGGACGAUUCUACAUCUAUGUUUGAACUUAGCACAGUAACACAAAAGGGAGUCAUGGAUUUCAGAAAUACAGCAUGCAAUCAUCUUUUGACACAACGUGUUGAAAGUAAACUGCAGUCGAGGAAGUUAGCAAUUGAAGAUGGUGUGUUAAGCCGUGUUUUUGUUGCUUACCCUAUUCCGAGGGAUGACAAAGUACGUGCACCACAUAUACCGGAAGCAGUUGUGACGAAAAAAUUUUUUGGCAGUAAUAAUCCUAAUGAGGAGAAAUUUAGGAAAAUACGAAAAUUAGAACGCCAGAUUGAACUGGAAAUGCAGGACGAAUACAUACUUGAUUUAAAAAAGCAUUAUUUACUAAAGAAUGAUGAAGAAAAAUACGAUGUUGUGCCCGAAAUAUGGGAAGGACAUAAUAUCUCCGAUUUUAUUGCAUCAGAUGUUAGAGAUAUGUUAAAGUCAAUCAGGAAAGAGGAAGAAGCAAAAAUUCAAGCUGGGUACUAUGAUGAUGGUUUGGUCUUGGAUGAUGAUGAAACGAAGAAAUUGUUUGAAAAUGCCGGAAAAAUUAUGGAGAAAGAGAGUCGGCUAAAAAUGAUUUCACAAGCCAAAAAAAGUAUCACGAAGCCACGUUUAAGUCGUUCUGUUGCAAGAAAACGGGAUAGAACUAUGGCAUGUUUAGAAGAACAAUUUCGUGAACUUGGUGCUAACAUUGAUCCAUCGCAGUUGAAAAAUUUGGCUAAGGAACAGCUAAAAGAACCUACUAUCAAAAAAAUACGGGUGGGAAAGAGUCCAGGCUUGGUUGCUAGUCGACCACCAAGUCGUGAUAUCCGGGGUAUAAAGAAUGAUGAAGUACGAGAGAUAACGAAGAAAGUUGGACGAAAGAAACAGAGGAAUUUACAAUACGAAGCAAGGAAAGGUGAAGCUGACAGGCAUAUCUUUGUCAAGCGUCCGAAGCAUUUGUUUUCUGGCAAGCGUGGACUUGGGAAAACAGAUAGACGGUAA